AUGGAGGAACCUUCAAAGACUUUCUCUCAACUUUCAUUUCCAAAGAAUGACAUGCCUUCAAACGAUAAUAAAGUAACCUCUGAAGCAACGAUAAUGUCCGAUUUAACUACACCAGUAACCAGAGUAGAACAAGUAAACAUUGAUGGCGUAGUUAACAUUCAAAUGUUACAUGCGCAUUUAGCAACGUUGGCAAAAUUUAAAUCUCUGGAACAGCAGAAUAGUGUAAUUGAUGAACAAUAUUUAUUACGUGCCGAGAGAAGAUACUUAUUAUGGUUAAAAGUAUUAAAUAAUGAGUCUUUUAACGACAAUGAUAAUGUUCCUAUUCCACCAAUUGAGCACAUUGAUGAGCGAUCAAAACAAUUUUGGGAAAAGAAUACUAAUCAACCAUGGGUUCUUGACCCAAAUGAUACCUCAGAUUUCGAUUUGGUUUGCCCAUGGUGCUUUACGACAUUAAUGAUAGCUGCUAAUAAUUACGUAAAGUUAAUGAGAAACCCAAAGCAUGUUGAAAUUUGUAGCAAAUGUAAAUUUAAAUUAUCGAUAGAAAGUUUGAGUGCUAAGAAAUUUAUGGAUGACAUUCAAAAGUACAACGAUGGAAAGAAAGCUUAUAUUGCAGGCACUCUGGUUAGUACUGCUAAUGGCGAAUAUAAUGUGGAUAAAGCGAUUUCUGACUCAGAUUAUUUAUUCAAUUUAACGAGUACUCCUUGGAAGAACCUUCUAGGAAUGAUAAAAGAAAGUCCUGAAAAUUGUAACUGGACUAAAAUUGUCAAAUGCAUAAAAUCCCAAAUCAAGGACUUAAAAUCUCAACAAUUAUUUAAAAAUGUGCGCAUUGGAGUUACUCUAAACGUUAUUCUUGCUUAUUGUGGCACUACAUUACCAUUUUCAAUUGGACUUGUGAGUGCUGUUAUACGUCAACGUGAAUUUACCAAUAAAAUGGUCGAUAAUGCCUGGAUUAAUAACUCUGCUGUCCAAGCUCAAGCAACUGUUCGAUAUCAUAAAUUUCUUCUUCUACAAAAAGAUGCUAACAGAUGCUUUGUUCCAACAUUGGAUAUUGAUCUUUGCUGGCAUACUCAUAUGCUUCAUGCUCCUUUAUACCGUAAUUUCACAAAGAAUCAUAUGAAUCGAAUCAUUAACCACGAUGAUACUUUGUCAAAAUCGACGCUUUCUAAUGGAUUUGCUGAAACCUCCAGUGCUUGGUAUAAAAAAUUCAAUGAACCAUACACAUGUGAACAUCCAAAAAAGUAUUGGCUAACAACCAAGAAGAUGAUUGCUGCUGUAGUCUUGCCACCCUAUGCUAUCUAUCUUAUGUAUAAGAUAAACAAAUACAAAAAAGGAACAGUUAAGAAAAAUAAUGCGCAAAUCUCUUCAGCAAAAAGUAGUGAAGAGAUUAAUGAAAAAGAGUAA